AUGUUUGCUAAUAAUUACUGGUCUUCGGAUUACAGAGUGGGCAUUGACAAGAUCUCAGAGCAGUCUAUCCAAUCAUUACAUCAGCUACAUGAUUUGAGGAAAUUGAUUUUCAAUUAUAUGAAUUAUAGCUAUUCUAAUAGUGAAUUCUUAAACAAACUAAGUGAAGAUGCAUUCCAACAAAACAAUAGUAUAGACUUAUUGUCCACUGGCUCGAAUAGUUCCGAUAAAUCAACUUUGAAAAGGUUAAGCGAACAAUUUGUAGAAGCCACAAGGUUAGAAGCUUCAUCCGCCAAGCAUACAUCUACUAGCAAGUACAUGGAACAUAGCUUAACACCUUAUAAAUUACAUAUCCAUGAGAUCACCGAGGAAUCAAAGUCAUUAAUUGCUCUUUCAAACACAAUUGACUUUCUGGUACUUGAACCUGUCACAUCAUUCAUAAAGAAAAGUGAGCCGAUGAUAAAAGUACUUUUGAACGAGUUUGAAGAUUUAUUUGAAGACUAUGAAACAUGUUAUAAAUCAAUUGAAAAGAUAAGAAAAGAGUUUGAAGAGAUUUCAAGUUUAAAGGAAUUGGAAGACAGGAAGGAGAAAAGUUUUAUCGAAGACGAUAAAGAAAAUGACAGUAGCGAUGAAGAAUAUGACAAUAUCCUGAGUGGAGAUGGCCUGACGCCUUCUACUCCAAAACUGAGGGUGACCAGUCUAAAUAACCCAAAUGCAUUGAUUGAGCCUGUAGCGGCACAAUUUUCGUUUCCUCUUUACAUAGGACCCAUACAAGUCAAGGAACUCUCUCAAUUGAAGACAUUCCUUUCGGACAUAACGUCAGAAAUUGAGACUGUUAAGAGGAAAUUUGCCAUUCCAGGUUUCAAAAAUGAAACCUUUUCUUCAGAGAAUCUCUGUCGUUGGGUCAGUGCAAGGAGGCCCUUUGGAAUAAAUCCAACAAGAUUGAAUUUAGAAAGGUUUGGACAAUCCUUAAUUGAUUUGAAGAUUAUUGUGGGGAUGGGGUUCAUUGGUGCCAAAAAGUUUAAGAGUGAAGGAAUGUGGUUUGAAUGGUCGGAGAAGGUUGAUCUUACGUUGAAUCCAGAAACAGGGAAACCUGUGGAAAUAAUCGUACUGGAAGAUCAGGAAUUGACGCCUUCGUCUACCACAAGUAGAUCUUCUAGUGGUGGAGUAUCUGGUGGUGUUCAGACAACUCCAAAGAAACCCAACGCUCAUUCGUUUGGGUCAACAAUUCUUUCAAAUAUGAGAAAUACAAUUCUCAAGACGAAUUAUCCUCAAAUUCUCUUAAUACUUGAACAGAAAUAUAACGAUAAUUAUUUACAACUUCACAACUUGAGACAUCAGUUGGACACACACACAUUCAAUUCAAUGCAAAAAUUGGAGAUUUUCGAAAGAGAAAGAAUUGCUCUCACAUACAACAGUUUAACUAAACUUCUGGAGAUCUUGUACAACUCUUCUCUUGCCACAUCCAACCGUCUUCAUCAAUUUGCUACGGACUUAAUCACUAACUUAAAUAAACCUGAAAAUUACAAAGCGGAUUUUAAUAAAAUACAGGAUAGCUUCAGCACAGGUAUAUACUUUCCAUCUAUUUUAUCACCUGAUAAUUUAUCUAGAAAGCAUUAUAGCUCACAUCAGACAAAUAGUAAUUUCCAAAAUGUGAAAUUGAAGUUCAAUUUAUAUAAGGACAUUGAGUUGCAACCACUUUCGAGCGACGAAAGUGAGAUCCUUAGUAUCAGAUCUAUUCCCAAGUUCCUAUAUAAACUAAUCUCCCUUUUGGAAGAAGAAAGGAAUGAUUUAACUAAAGAAGAUGCAGAAUCUUUUAGUUUGUGGACUAACCCAUUGAACGGUGAAAAGUACUGGUCGAUGAAAAGCGACAUCAUCAACUUGGUGAACAAUUUCACAGUUUCCACCAGUAUUGCAGAUGAAGAAGCCACUAUUCAUGGACAAAUUUUGGACGAUAUUUUGACAUACUGCUCGCAUCAAUCAACGGCAGAUUUAGUCAACUUUAUCAAAUAUUGGCUAUUAGAAAUUGGUGAUUCUCUUAUUCCAUUUACUAUGUAUGAGCGUUUGUUGAACGAGGCCGAUAAUCAUCUGAAGCUUUGUAACUUAUUGUCGACCAUGCCCAGAGGAAAUUUAUCAUCGUUAAUAUUCUUACUUGAACAUAUAUGUUCCAUAUCUGGAUUGGAUUCAAUUCCAAGCUACAAAUUCUCAGACAAUCUAGCUGAAGCAUUAAUUUCUGAGAAUCCGGACUUAGAGAAGGUGGAGACCGUUUCUACUGAGCUAAAUUCAAUGGAUCUGAUAGGGACGAUUCCUUUCUUGCAUCUUAUUUUAAGACCAUCAGCGGUUAAGCAUACAUAUGGCUUCAAACCUCCUCUUCCUAAGUACAACACUAUCCUUUCUGAUUUGCUAAAUGUUCAGGUGAGGAGCAAACUUUUCACCUCACUUGUACAAAAUGAACAGAAGUACCAAUCCAAAAAGGAGAAUCAGAUGAGACUACCAAUACCAGUGUUGGCUCCAAUAAGUAAUGCAGAAAGCUUAAUUCCAAAAAGUCCUAAACCAUCUCAGGCAGGAGAAAACUUCACGUUAAGACCGUUCCGUACCAAAGCUACACCAAAUCCCUCCCCAUCUGGUUCUCCCAAGCAACAUCUUCUGAAUGCCUUUGAAGCAGACACUAACAGACCAAGAAGUGCAAGCAACACUUACUUGGCUCCUAAUAUUAACGUUGAAUUUGAAGCUAAGAAAUAG